AUGGCAUCCCACACCACGUUGCUUGGAUUACUGCUGCUGGCCCUGCUAAGCGUAAGCGCAGGCCAAAUGUGCCAAGCGAAACCGCCUUCUCCUUUGCAACGCGCCGUGUUUAAUAAAAGCCCUCGUGUGAUUGAUGUUUUUUUACAGUGGCAAGGGAUUUCCCCGCGAACCGGAAAGCCCAAGCCCCUCCUCAAGCCCAAGCCCAAGCCCCUCCUCAAGCCCAAGCCCAAGCCCCUCCUCAAGCCCAAGCCCAAGCCCCUCCUCAAGCCCAAGCCCAAGCCCCUCCUCAAGCCCAAGCCCAAGCCCCUCCUCAAGCCCAAGCCCAAGCCCCUCCUCAAGCCCAAGCCCAAGCCCAAGCCCAAGCCCAAGCCCAAGCCCAAGCCCAAGCCCAAGCCCAAGCCCAAGCCCAAGCCCAGGCCCAAGCCCAAGCCCAAGCCCAAGCCCAAGCCCAAGCCCAAGCCCAAGCCCAAGCCCAAGCCCAAGCCCAAGCCCAAGCCCAAGCCCAAGCCCAAGUCCAAGCCCAAGCCCAAGCCCAAGCCCAAGCCCAAGCCCAAGCCCAAGCGUCAAGCACGUCGCCCAGCAGCAGCCCAAGCUCGAGCGCAAGCCCGUCGCCCAGCAGCAGCCCAAGCUCGAGCGCAAGCCCGUCGCCCAGCAGCAGCCCAAGCUCGAGCGCAAGCCCAUCGCCCAGCAGCAGCCCACGGCGCAGUCCGAGCCCACGGCGCAGUCCGAGCCCACGGCGCAGUCCAAGGCCUGCGAAACCUUAGUGGAAAAAUUGCCCUUCGCCCGAGACCCGGCAGAAAUUAG